GGGAGGAGCUCAUCACUCUCACACACUCCCUUCGCUCUCCAUCUCUCUCCCUCUCGCGCCAGAAAGAAACACUCGAUGCCACUCUCCCACUCAAUUUCAGGGGCGAGACUCUCCCGGCGGCUGCUGGCUGACCCGCCGGCGUCGACCGGGGGAGGUAGCGUUGAGCAGCCAAACGGGGCGGUGAACUCGGAUGCGGUGGUGAUCCUGGCAGCGCUACUCUGCACUCUCAUCUGCCUCGUUGGCUUGGGUUUCAUGGCGCGCUGCGCCUGCUGGUGCCCCUUCCUCCGCCGCUUCGGCAUCGGCCGCCGCGACAACGAUAACGACGACUACGACGACGCAGAAGCCAACAAGGGCCUCAAGAAGAAAGCGAUUCGCGCUCUUCCCGUCGCGGCCUUCGACGGCGGCGCCGGCAAGUCCACCGACUGCGCCAUCUGCCUGUCCGAGUUCCUAACGGGCGAGCAGGUGAGGGUCCUCCCCCGCUGCGGCCACUGCUUCCACCCGUCCUGCAUCGAUACCUGGCUAGCGUCCCACUCCUCCUGCCCAUCCUGCCGCCUCCUCCUCUCCCGGAAGGCCGCUGCCCCUCCUCCUCCUCCUCCCCCGCCACCUCCUCCGACCGUUCGCAGGUGCCAAAGAUGCGGGUUGCCAGAGAAUUGCUCUCCGGCGCCCGCCCCAGACGCCGGUGCCGGUGGCGCUGUACGGAGUGUCGACCAAGAGUCAAGUGCAGAGAAGGUGAUUCGGUGAGGCCUCUGCCUCUGUAGACGCUUUUGGUUUUCUCCUCCCGCCUCCUUUUACCAUAUCUGCAGUUUGUAAAGGGAAAAUGUAUGGCGGGUAGUUGGAAGCUCUUCCUUUUCUAAAAGGUUUCUGCUGUAAACAUGUCACUACGUGAAAAGCGUGUAUAUGUAUAGAUGAAGGAAAAUUAUAAGCAUUACCUUAGGAUGGUUGCACAA